AUGAGUCUCCUAGAGCACAAUUCCCCUUUCAACAAUGAAGACAACUUCGACUCGUCGUUCCAGAUGGAAACCAACUUGGAGUUCAACAAGAUCAUGGAAUCGGUGGAUGAAAGGGAAAACAAGCUCCUCUCAUCAAAGAAUAAGAAUAUCAACUUAGGAGAAUUGUUGGAAAAGGAUAAAGCUCUUCAGAAAAAACGCCUCCUGCUUGCAGAGAGCAACACCAAACCAAAAACAAAACUGUUGUUGGCGUCAUCCCCCCUCAGCUUGGACCUACAGCAGCCACAGUAUGCUAGGAACUUAUCCUCAAAAGGAGGCUCCUCUGCUGAAAAGGACCGGUAUAGUCGUUUCUCUAUGAUGUCUGACCUCUCUUUUACCUUUCCAGACGUCCCAGAGAGCCCUACUGACCCCAAGGCAUUCACGAAAACGCCAAACCAACGUUAUUCCACAAUCUCUAACGGGUCUUCUAGAUUUGUCAUCCAAAAAAGAUCUAACAACUCUCUCAAAUACCGGGAUAGAGUCUCGAAAACUUCUAGUGGGGGUAAAAGAUCCGCUUAUAUUUCAGGAGCUACCGUUGAUAGUAGACGAACCAGUAACACUGUGAAUUCUCACAGCAGUGGCGGCAGUAACACCAACUCCAGAAUCAUUGCCCCAAGGUAUAAAGUUGAGCGGUCAUAUUCUAAUGAUUCGUCAUUCAUUGGCUAUCGCAACUCAGUACGGUCGUUUUCUACUACCGUUGAUGGGUCGAUAAGGUUCUUUGACGCCGUUUCGAUUAAUGAUGAUGAUGAUGAUGAUGAUGAUGAUGACAAUGCCUUCGAUGAUAGUGACAUGAUUGGCAGCAGGUUUAGCCGAUUGAAAGCCGGAGCCCCCGGAAUCGUUGGGGUAAAUAUUGUCAAUAAAAAUAGUAACAUCCACGAAAUUGAGGACCUGUUUGGAUUGAGUCAUGGUCUUUUGGAUGAAGAUGUCGUGGAUGAUAAUAAUAGCGAUAAACACACCAUCCUAUCGAACUCAACCUCAAUCAUUCCUCCUAAUAAACAAAAAAAGAAUCUCAAACGCAAAGAAAUGACAAUUGAUAUUGCUGGAGCUCAAAGUGUCCACACCGCCACCUUGACAUUGGAUGAUGAUGCUUCUAUAGGCUCCAAUGCAUCUUCAUUGCCAUCACCGUCUUCCGAAUUAUUGAAAUUAUCAUUUGAAUCUUUGCCCGGUAUUCACAGCCCCACAGAACUCAAGUUUGGCAAUAUUGACGAUUCUGCCAGGGGAAAAAGCAGGAACUCCAAAAAUCAAAACGACCUUCUAUCAACUUCAAGAACUAAGAAGUUGGCUUCCACUCCUACUUCUGAGACUUUCAGAACCUCUCAUUUUAGAAAUUUCUCGACCCCAGCCAACAUAUAUCUGCCAAGUUCUCAAUAUUCUGAAGAUACCCAAUCGCUGAAGAAAAAGCCAUCAAAUGUCUCGAUGCCGUUAAGAUCCUCAGGUUCAAUGAGAAGGGACAACUCUUCCAACUUCCGCAGCAUUGAAACAAGUUUCGAUGAUACUUCAGACUUGACCGCAGUGGUUAGCUCUAGUAGUCGUCCGUCCAAACACAACGAUCGCUCAUCAAAUUUUGAUAAGUCUUCAAUCACCAAUAGCUCCGAGUCUCAAAAUGUGCAGUUGAAAACCAAAAAGCUUGUGAAGAAGUUUUCCAAACCGUUCUUCAGUAAUAACAGCAACAAGAAAUCUUCAUCCGAUACGUACAAACUGCAAUCUCUGACAACUUCAAAAAUCCAUCAUAAGAAAAGUUUCUCUCUUACCUCUCGCAAACCUUCCGAUCCUCUUAAGUUUGUUGAUCCAUCAUUUUCAGAAAGCCUGCCCACUGCCACUCCAUUAGGUAAUGGUAUCUCCAGUACAACGAUUCCGUUGAAUGGCAAUGUUUUGACAUCAGCAGUUCCUUCUACCCCAAACACCAGCUCUUCAGGUUCCGGAUUCAAAUUCAAAUUCCAUAAGAGAAACAUCAGUAUGGUUAACACUAAUUUGAAAGAAAAAAUGUUUUCUCGUAAUGACAGUACCGGCUCAGUCACUUCGUACUCCCACAUGAAUAACUCUAGCAUUAGUACCACCAGCUCCAGCAUUUUUUCUCAUGAGAAUAAACUGAAGGCAACUCCGCAAUCCCUUGCCAGUGUUGUUACCGGCGGUGGGACCAACAAUACUAACGCUAAUGGACCUGCUCCCCCAAAUGGAUUAUUUGCCAGUGACUAUGGUGCUUUGCUCAGUACUGAAGUGCUUGCGAAAUAUGGAAAGAUCUUGCUUGGGGCCACUCCUGCCAGAAAAAUUGCCGAAGAAAAUAAAAUCAAUUAUUUAGAUCUUCACAAUUUAAUGAAUUUGUGUAACUCAAAUAAUAAUUUGAUUUUAGAAUUUGGAGAUUUUAUCCAGUUAAGGUUGAAAGAAAUUAAGAAUAAGAUGCAAUUCAAGAAAUAUUCCGAGCUGCCUUAUAGCGAGAUUUUCAUUGAAGAGUCUUUAAAAUCCAAAAAAAUUACUAAUGUUUUGAAAAUUAUUCCGUUUAAUGCUGGAGGGAAAGUAAGUGUUACUGAUUCUGAAUCUUCUUUGGGAUCAUCCUCAUCAUCGUCGUUAUCCUCAUCUAGUAAAAGAUCUUACAGAACAUCUAAUGACAUGUACUCUAUCCAAUCGGCGAUUCAGGAAAUGAGUAUCAUCACAAAAUUGCAGAAUUGCCAAGGUUUUAUUAAUUUAAAAUCUGCGGUCGUGGUCAAAGGGGAAUACUCUAAAGAAUUACUCAAGGAGUGGGAUUUUAACCAUAUUAUCAGCCAGUCGAAUCUUAAAAAGAAACGACCAGACUAUUACAAAAGAAACCAAUUAUACUUGAUUUUGGUACUAGAUUACGGAGGAUUGACUUUAAAAGAUUAUAAUGUACAAUCAUGGCAUCAAGCAAAUAAGAUUUUCUGGAACUUGACUAGGGUGUUGAAAACCUCUGAGCUAUUGUAUAAAUUCGAGCAUCGUGAUUUGAAUUGGGAAAAUGUGUUGAUUAACGAUAUUUUGGAAGAAGAGGACGAUUGUGAAGAAGGAUUAGGAAUUUAUAAGAGCCGUGGAAACCGUAGUGCCACUUCUUUUAAUGAGGUUUAUGCAUCAGAGGAUGAUGCUGAUGAUGAUGAAACUACGGCUUCGGAAACAAAGAACAAGUAUACUUUGGACCUACGAAUUUCUCUUAUUGACUUUGCUUUCUCCAGAAUCACAACUUCUCAAAAAGUUUUUUCCAUGGACUUGUCGAAACUCGUUAAUAAUUCUGAUGUCAUUGGAAAGUUGUUGGAUGAUGAUUAUCGCUUUGACGUGUAUCAAUUGAUCCAACAAGAAAUCAAAUCUCAAAUGAAGAUGGAUUCUGAAACUACAGAGCAUAACAUCGAUAUAGAUGAUUCUCAGGAAAUUAAUUGGGAUUGUUGCUGUCCAAGAACCAAUAUAAUUUGGCUACAUUAUAUUGUUGACAAAUUAAUAACCAGCAAGAACUUGAAACCUAUUGAUAAGCCAAGAUCCAUACAACAUCACAGUAAAAAUAAUAUCAAGAGGCGUAUUGGUGAGAGCAGGUCAUCCUAUAAUAAGCAAGUGACCGGAAGAGGUGAUAACACCGUUGGUCAAAAAUCAAUUCUUAGAAAACCAAAAGUGGCAGAGUACCUCGACGUCGAGAAUUCUCCUAAUUUCAGCAAGCUUGAACAAGAGGAAUUGUUUGAAAUUAAUGAGUAUAAGAGUUACAAAGCUCUAGAGUAUCUUCAUAAAUCAUUAGAUCCGAGAGUUUCAUCAUCAACCUUGAUUCCCACUGAAGCUGCCACCAAGUCUUCUACAUCAUCGAUCCAAUUGAAGUCUGCAAAACAUGAACCAUUUUUCAAAUCGGUGUUGGAUGAUUUUGGCGAUUUAUUCGAGCUAUACAAAAGCAAAUAUUUCAGAGAAGAAGUUCAUUUUGAGGACUUUGAUAACUUGGACCAGAUUUUGAAGUGGGGAGAAUUGAACGAGUUAAUCGUUUAA